AAUAGUCGAACAGGAACAUAAAAACAAAAUCAUUUGAUCGGUUAGUUCUCUCAAUGUAGUUUCGCUUUUAAAAGCAGAACUAUUCAUCAUUUCAAAUAGUUAUAUUAAUACGAAACGGCAACUUUUUAUAUAAUCUUUCUUAAUAUAAAACAAUUUAAUAAAAAUGCAAAUUAUCCUGGCGAAUUUAUUUGUUGCUGCUAGUUUGCUGGUGGUUUUAAGGGGUUGUCUCGGUCAGACUGGUUUCUGCAAUGAAGCACAUCGAAAGAAUCCGAACACACAAGUUAUGGAAAUAUGCACCGACCAAGCAUCAAGAAAUUCAACUGUCUUAAUCGAUACGUUCCAAGUCUCAAAAUUCCAAGACAUAAUUUGUGAAUGUAACAUUACGCCUCCAGGCGUUGAUAUUGAAUUUUACUUUUCAUUCUAUAAUACUAGUAUGAGUGUUGCAAAGGGCAUGUCGUUUAGAAUCCACACACUGGUGCUAAAUGAAAUAGUAAUGAGGGGUGCAUUGCAUUUGUGGGACGUUACGUCACUUCGGUUCUUUACGUCAGAACAAUUUGAAAAUGGCGGAGCAUGUUUGAUUGUCAAAACAGAACAUGGCCCAUUUGAUAUCAAUUGUGCGCAACCGGAGACGAAUUCCAGUCAAGAUGUUAACAAAGAAACACAUGGCUACGACUAUUAUAUAAUCUCAUCUAUUGUAGCAUCUGUUUGCAUUGGUUGUUUAUUAAUUGUCAUACCUCUUGGUAUUUUCUGCAAAAGAAAAUAUAGAAGUAAAGAUUUACAAUCCGGCAAUUUAAAGACACAAGGACUUCAUGGGGAGCAAGGAGACGAUCACGAUGCAGACAAUCCAGUCUUUGAUAUUAGUGGAACACAGUCACGUGGUAAUAGCACUGCGCAUGACUACAACUACAUUGAUCAUUAUCAUUUUUGCGGGAAUCAGUACAACCACCUUUCUGAACAACAAUACGAUUGUACUCGUACAGUAAACCAAAAUAACAAUUCGAAUAAAGGUAUUAAAAGUGUCGAUGAUAGCUUGUAUAACACUAUAAAUGCCAAUGAAGGUCAACUAAACCAAGAUGCAGACGACUAUCAUCAUCUGGGCUCGGUAAAUGUAAGGAAAGCUAAUAUCGCGGAUAAAUACAAUACAGUAGAUGUUACUGGUCAAAGAAUAAAAAAUGGAACUACUUUUCGUAACCAGUGAUAAGAUCGUUUACUUAAAAGGUGGAAUACUUUUUCGUUCGAAAAGCUUAUAAUGAUUUGCGUGUUUUGUUUGAUUGAUGAACAGUGCACAUGUAUAUGUAAAAUGUACUCACAAGUUCUGUGUUUGAAUGACAUAGAGUGUAGUUCUAUCAAAGAAAAAUAAUGUAAUAAUGGCGAUUUGUACCAGAUAAAAUUUGGUUUUUCAAAAUCCUCCCACUGGUUACGUCACAUUCUAUUUUACCACUGUCAUUAUACUAUUUCUAACGUCACGAAAGGCAUAUCCUAUGGUCAAAAAUGGCGGCCUGUUAUAGUUAAAAAAUCCUUUCGUUUAUUUUUCAAAUAUUUUUUUUUCAUAUUUAUUUUUUAACUAUUUGUAUAUUAAGCUAAAUAAUUAAAUG